AUGGAGUCCGAGGAACUCGAUAUUCUCGACCCUGACCAGCUCCUUGGUCUAAUCGAAGCCCUGAAAACAAACGACCCCCAGAAAAAGAAGGCCUUCCCAACUGUCUUCUACACUGGUGGGCACUGGGCUGGUCGUGUUCGACCCCAAUACUUCGAGUUUGCGCUCAUGACCGACUUAAAGUCCGUUCGUUAUGUGUCUGACGAAGUUCUCGAUAAGCUGAUCCCUGAAUGGAGAGAAUACAUGAACGGAAAGUCCUUUCCCUCAAACGCAAAAGCCCAUGAGGCCUCUUUCCGUGCCUGGUGCGUCCGUGAGCGUGCGCAAUAUGAGGCUAAUGGAGUGCCUUUUCCUCGGUCUUCAAGCAAGCGGCGCGCUACGGCUACUGCUGCUGCCCUUGGUGCUAGAACAACUCAGGGAAGCGCACAGCCUUCCGCCACGAUGGGGCAACGGGGUCAAGCUAUGAAUGUUAGAAGUAUCAGUGCUCCGGCCAUAAACGCUCAAGCCAGAAACACUCCAGUCAGGAACGCCCCAGCCGUGAACGCUCCAAUCACGAACGCUUCAGCCAGAAAUCUUCCAUCUAUGAAUGCUCUUGCCACGAACGCUCCAGCUAUGAUCGCUCCACUCAUGAACGCUCCAGCCAUGAACGCCCCCGCUAGAAACACUCUACCCAGAAACGCCCCAGUCAGGAAUACCGUGACCGCCAAUGUUCAAGAUCUACAAGCUGCCGCAAUCAGAUUAGAGCACCUUGGCAGAAACACUCAUCAAUUCGCCGACAUGCUACGCCAGCAUGGCCAGCGGGAACUCCGUGUCGCCGAAUUGUUGCUACAAGCCAGUCGCGCACGUCAGGAGCAACCUCCUAAAGAAUAG